AUGUGUCUGCUGACACUGGUAGCGUAUACAUCUGCCAUCAUCUGUGAGGAUGGACAGUUUGCUGUGGUCGACAGUCACUCUCGUAGUAGCUGUGGCCUGCUAGAUCACAACGGUGCGGGGAAGUACAGGGUUAUUAUUGAGCACAGGGAAAGGGUUAAAUUCAGGAGCAAAGUGGCGAGUACAAUAAAAUACAGGGAUAUCAAGCACAGGGAAAGGGUUAAACUCGGGAGUAAAGUGGCGAGUAAAAUAAAAUACAGGGAAAAUAUUGAACACAGACACAGGGUUAAAGCACGCAGUGUAGGAAAGUACCGGGACCAUAUACAACACAGAGACAAGGUUAAACUAGGCAGCAAAAGGCAGUAUAGUGUUAGUUUAAAACAUAGGCAGCAAGUGAAAGCUAGUGUACAGCUGAGUCGGAAGCAGAGGCUGGAGAGGUCUGUAGAUUUUGGUUUUGUCAUGGAUAGUUUUUUGGAUAAGGUUAGAGACGGACCGGAUUUCGUGUGUAGUGUUUGUCAUAGGCUGCUGUUUAGAUAUCAGGUGCUGCACUGUGAGAGGGAAGUAUAUGCAGCAUGUUUAGCAACGGCUGGCAUUGCUAAUAAUUGCAUUAGUGAGCAUUAUCUGCAUAGUUGUGAUGAUAGGUGUGUUGAGCCCUGUCCCCUUGUUGUGUCCAGAGGUCAGUUGUGGAUUUGCUUUAGUUGUCAUAGUAAGAUCAAUAAAGGUCAAAUCCCAGCUGAAUGUUGGAACAACAACUUAGCUGUACACCCCAUUCCUCCAGAACUGGGAUGUCUGAAUAGCUUAGAGCAGCACCUGAUUGCUUUACGCAUCCCUUUUAUGAAGGCGGUGGCGUUGCCGAAGGGUGGUCAGAAUGGUGUACAUGGGCCCGUUACUUGUGUUCCGGCCAACAUUGUACAAACCACCAAUGUGUUGCCGCGCUCCAGUAUGGAGGGGUCUCUGCUUCAAGUGAAGUUAAAGCGGAAGUUGACUUACAAAGGACACUACGAGUAUCAGUUUGUUGACUCGUGGCGUGUCAGGCGUGCUAUAGAGUACUUAAAGAGAACCAAUGUCUUGUAUAAAGACAUUGAGUUCAACGAGGAAUGGUCAAAUGCUUUUUGUAGGGAGGAAGAGGUUGUAGAGGAUGGUCAGGUUAACCAGGUUGUUGUAGAGGCUGGUCAGGGUGACCAGGUUGUUGUAGAGGAUGGUCAGGCUGGUCAGGGUGACCAGGUUGUUGUAGAGGAUGGUCAGGCUGUUCAGGGUGACCAGGUUGUUGUUGACCCACAGUCCAGUGAGGAUGAGGCUGUAGAGCAGAAAGGUGGCCCAGAAGAGGAAUCCGAAGACAUUGUGCAAGAUGAACUGUUACAUGACAGACAACAGCACUGCAUGUUUCAGGACACUUGUCUUAUGCCCGUUGAUAUCGGUCAGGAAGCAUUAGAUCACUAUUUUAAGGAUGUUGUAUGUCUGGCCCCCGCGGAAGGUAAUAGUCCGGUUAGAAUGCUUUCUGACAAAUUCAAUGAGGCCAUGUGUUUUCCUGCGCUGUUUCCGAACAGCAGAAAUACAUUCCACGCCGACCGCGCGCAUCGUAUAACAUUGUUGCGCUACUUUAAUAACCGGGUAAUGCAUGCAGACGGCCGUUUUGCGCGCAACGUGGAAUACAUAUUCUUUUGUCAGUAUAUGUCCGAAUUGGACCAAGUCAUAAGUAGCAUUUCGGUCGCCAUGCGUAAAGGUAAGGGGGUCAGCAUUCUCAGCGGAUUUUGCCGGACAUGCUCAAAGACGACGAGUCUCUGAAGCGCUUGCUGCAGUUCGAUGACGGUU